GUCGAGUGACUCACUUGUACUUUCCAAACUUGCAGCACUCGUUGAGUCGGAAUGGUUUCCAAGUGCCCUCAUUGCCAAAUCCGACGGGUCGUACCCUGAUGACCUCCCUCCUGGUAAGAUGGCCCUGGAGUCUGGCCCACAGAGUGUCCACAAGGGGCGGACAGAUGGACAGGACUCGGUCGUUGCUACGGUACUCUGGCGGGAAGAGGUCCAGGAGGUCCGAGUAGCCGAUCCUCUCGGUGUCCUCGAUGUAGUGGCGGCACUCCUCGGGCGAGAGCAGCGAGUGGAGGAGGAAGCACCUGGCGCCUCGCACAUUCAGGUCCUCCCGAGUGACGGCCGGUCCCCCGGUGCUCCCAGAGAGGAUGGACCCAGGGUGCUGGACGUCGCGGAAGUUCUUCUGGGACGUGGUCAACAUGGGACGGACGAUGACCUUUGGCUUCUCCAUGUCUUCCUUCUGGCCAGACGAAUCCCCUCGACGACCGCGAACGAGCCUGCUAGAAACCGUGUCCCCCAUGCCGCACUGAUGCAAAAGAAAGCCAAUCGGCGGACACCCACCUGACCACGCCCUUUUUCUCCUCCAUGCUGAGUCAGCAUUUUGACAAAGCCACACACCCGGAACCCACUCGAUCGAGUCCCCUAGCAAGACAGAGAGCGAGGCUGUCUCUCACUGCUCACUUACGACCCCAGGACGAGAAGGAGGACUGACUGCUAUGCCUUUGAAGUCUUCAGGACGCAAUGGGAACCACCACACAAGUCUGGAGGCCAAAACCAACGGACACGGGGACGAGGACUCGAGCAACUCAGACUGUGAUUCGUCUCUCUGUGAGCAUGACGAGGUAGAGUCGGAGAGAAGAAAAGUAGACUGUCUGGACGACAUGCAGUUCUUGGAGCAGCAGUUUUCUGACCUGAAGGAACUGCUCUUCCAUGAGAAAGUCAGAGAGAUUGAUGAGCGGAUGAAACACAUCAGUGAAGAGGGAGCUCAUGAGUAUCUCCAGCCACUAAAGGAACUGGAAGAGGCGAGACAGAGACGUACCCAGACAGCAGAAUUACAGUGCUCCUGUAAGUUGCAAAACAUCCAGAACAAGUACGACGAAGAAGUGGCAUCAGCUGAGCAGAACUUCCAGGAGUUGAUCCAGGUGACCAAGAGGAAGAUGGUAGCCACAAUCCAGGAGAAGAUCCGCCGACUCCAUGAGGAAAAGAUUGUGGCAGAGUUCACUAAAGAGAAUGGUUCAAGGAAGAGAAAGAGGAACAGCGAGUUCUUGCUACCAGAUAAGAGGAAAAAACCAGUCACAGUGAAUGAUAUCCAACCUGUUUUCAUUCGUGUAUUAUGUGUUGCAUGACUAUAGCUACACAAUGUCUUCCUUGACAAUGUUGUGUACGUCCGUAUGUCAUCUAUAUGUUGAGAGACAUGGACAUCAUGGAAGAUCUGUACGACAUACGGAGAGUAAGAAGUUCUUCCGUUAUGUCUUGGUGUAUGUAACACACAAACAUACACACACUAUAGGGCCAGGCGGUAGAAGAAGUGGAGAGAAAGGGCAAGUGAAAUUGCUGCAAUAAGCCUGUUUAUUCAAGCUAUUCUUUUCUCUUCAUCUCCUCAGGAUUGUUUAGAGAUUGCAGCUGGACAUAAUAAACUGUUGCAUCGCACAAAAUGAAUGUGUUGGUUAUAAUGGUACAUUGUCAUUUUCAAAAAGUGUUAAAAGAGAUG